CCCGAGCGAGGGCAGGUUAAACUGCGGGCGCCUCCUGGCGGACGGGUGGAGAGGGAGGGGGCCGGGGUGCCCCCGCCUCGUAUGGGGCGAGCCAGGCUUGUGAGCAAGGAGGGUUGGCCGCCCAAGGAGGAGCGGGGCCAUGCUGGGCCGCCCGGGCGAUUUUCCCAAUAAGAAGCGGAAGAGGAGCCGAUGGAACCAGGAUACCAUGGAACAGAAGACGGUGAUCCCGGGAAUGCCGACUGUCAUCCCUCCUGGACUUACAAGGGAACAAGAAAGAGCUUACAUAGUGCAACUGCAGAUAGAAGACCUGACUCGUAAACUGCGCACAGGAGACCUGGGCAUCCCCCCUAACCCUGAGGACAGGUCCCCUUCCCCUGAGCCCAUUUACAAUAGCGAGGGGAAGCGACUCAACACGAGGGAAUUUCGGACCCGGAAGAAGCUGGAGGAAGAAAGACACAACCUCAUCACUGAGAUGGUGGCGCUCAACCCUGACUUCAAACCACCUGCAGAUUACAAACCUCCAGCAACCCGGGUAAGCGACAAGGUGAUGAUACCACAAGAUGAGUAUCCAGAAAUCAACUUUGUGGGACUUCUCAUUGGGCCCAGGGGCAACACCUUGAAAAAUAUUGAGAAGGAAUGCAAUGCCAAGAUUAUGAUCCGGGGGAAGGGGUCUGUGAAGGAAGGCAAGGUUGGGCGCAAGGAUGGUCAGAUGCUGCCAGGGGAGGAUGAACCCCUCCAUGCCUUAGUUACUGCCAAUACCAUGGAAAAUGUCAAAAAGGCAGUAGAGCAGAUCCGAAACAUCCUGAAGCAGGGCAUUGAAACCCCAGAGGAUCAGAAUGACUUACGGAAGAUGCAGCUUCGAGAGUUAGCCCGAUUGAACGGCACUCUCCGGGAGGACGACAACAGGAUUUUAAGACCAUGGCAGAGUUCUGAGACCCGCAGCAUCACCAACACCACCGUCUGCACCAAAUGUGGAGGGGCUGGCCACAUUGCUUCAGAUUGCAAAUUCCAAAGGCCUGGUGACCCACAGUCAGCCCAGGACAAAGCGCGGAUGGAUAAAGAAUACCUGUCCCUCAUGGCAGAGUUGGGUGAAGCUCCUGUCCCAGCUUCGGCUGGCUCUGCCUCUGGGCCUGCCGCCACACCCUUGGCCAGUGCGCCUCGACCUGCUGCCCCUGCCAACAACCCGCCACCGCCGUCUCUCAUGUCCACUACUCAGAGCCGCCCACCGUGGAUGAACUCAGGACCUUCAGAGAAUCGUCCAUACCAUGGAAUGCAUGGUGGAGGACCCGGGGGCCCUGGAGGUGGACCUCACAACUUUCCCCAUCCACUGCCCAGCCUGACGGGUGGGCAUGGUGGUCAUCCUAUGCAGCACAACCCUAAUGGGCCCCCACCCCCUUGGAUGCAGCCGCCACCGCCACCGAUGAACCAGGGGCCCCACCCACCUGGGCAUCACGGCCCUCCUCCAAUGGAUCAGUACCUGGGAAGUACGCCUGUGGGCUCUGGGGUCUAUCGCCUACAUCAAGGAAAAGGUAUGAUGCCGCCUCCGCCUAUGGGCAUGAUGCCACCGCCGCCGCCUCCCAGUGGGCAGCCCCCACCCCCUCCCUCUGGCCCUCUUCCCCCAUGGCAGCAGCAGCAGCAGCAGCCUCCGCCUCCCCCGCCGCCCAGCAGCAGUAUGGCUUCCAGUACCCCCUUGCCAUGGCAGCAAAAUACGACGACUACCACCACGAGCGCUGGCACAGGGUCCAUCCCGCCAUGGCAACAGCAGCAGGCGGCUGCCGCAGCUUCUCCAGGAGCCCCUCAGAUGCAAGGCAACCCCACUAUGGUGCCCCUGCCCCCCGGGGUCCAGCCGCCUCUGCCGCCCGGGGCCCCCCCCCCUCCGCCGCCUCCGCCACCUGGUUCCGCCGGCAUGAUGUACGCCCCGCCCCCUCCUCCUCCGCCUCCCAUGGACCCUUCUAACUUUGUCACCAUGAUGGGCAUGGGGGUGGCGGGCAUGCCACCCUUCGGGAUGCCUCCAGCUCCCCCACCACCUCCACCACAGAACUAGACUUGAUUUUUUUUUUUUUAAGAAAAUAUAUAUAUAUUAUAUAUAUAUUAUAUAUAUAAUUGGUCUCGUUAAAACACACGCCGAACCUCACCAUAUGGAGCCAGACAUUGGGACGCACGCAUGUUGUGUGUGUGUGCACGCACAGGGCUGGGCUGUGCCAGGGGGCCUGUCCCGGGCGACUGAGGACUCGCUUGGGAGCAGGCAGGCGUUAGUAGGGGCGCCAGCUUGGGCUCUCCUGGCGCCCCGUAGCAUCGAGUCUCUUCUUUGUCUUCUCUCUCCUCACCCAACUCCCCUUGCCCCUCCCCAAAUGGGGCCGCCAGGAUCCGUCCCCGAGGCGGUGGCCCGCGCCAUGCGAGUGAGGACUUUCCGCGCCCAUUGGUGACCCUUCCGGGGAGACAGCCUCAGCAGCGCCCCUGGUGGACGGGAUGGUUCGGCAAAGCAGCCUGACUUAUUUUUGUGGACGGAAUCGGAACACGCUGGCUCCAUAUCGUGAAUUUUUUAUUAAUUUGUUUUUCUUUUCCUUUGUAUUUCCUUUUCUCUUCCUUUCCUCAGACUCCGUCCAAGGAGAUGCUGUCCCCGUCUUCCGCUGCAAUUAGCCCCCUUUUCCUUCUUCCCAGGCCUAGAUUGUUGGCUUUCUGUAGCGGAGGGAGCAAAUGGAGAUUCCCCAUCGUGGGCUGGUAGCGAGGGCAUCAGGGGCCCAGUGCCAGGCUCCUCGCUGCUUGGCUCGUGGGGGUUUUAGAGAGCGCCUGAAGAAGUUGUGUCCAGCCCCUCACGGCCCCCGCCCUUUGACCCCAUUUGCUCCUCCUGCUCACAGAACGUCUUUCUUCAUUUUAUUUUAGUCCCAAAUGUCUGAAUGUUUUGUGGUGGCGGGGGGGUCCCUGCUCUGCUCCCUCCCCCUCCCCUCUUCAUGGAGUGAUUAUGUGGACAAUGAUGUGUCAAGCGCUCUCGCUCUUCUCACCGCUUUCUCUGCAGAGAUUUCUUUUGGCCUUUUAUUUGGUGUACAAUAAAACACUGCAUUAAAAGGGGGAUGUUCCAUGGA